AGAAGAUGGCAAGCGAUGAGUUCAGGCUGGUAUCACCUGCAAUAAACCACGAAGGAAGGUUGCCUAGGAAGUACACGUGGGAAGGCCAGGGUGCACUGAAGAACCUGUCACCGCCGCUGGAAUGGUACAACGUGCCCGACGGGACGAAGACCUUGGCCCUUGUGGUUCAGGAUAUCGAUGCACCGGACCCUAGUGGCCCAAUCGUGCCGUGGACCAUCUGGGUGGUCGUGAACAUUCCUCCGACGUUGAAGAGGCUGCCUGAGGGGUUCUCCGGGAAGGAAGAGGAAUUGGGUGGUGAAUAUGCUGGGAUUAAAGAAGGGCACACUGACUGGAAAGUCCCAGGGUGGCGUGGGCCCAAGUUGCCCUCCCAUGGCCAUCGCUUCGAGUUCAAACUCUAUGCAUUGGACGAUGAGAUGCACCUUGGUAACAAGGUAACCAAGGAGAAGCUGUUGGAGGCAAUUGAAGGGCAUGUGCUGGGAGAAGCGGUCUUGAUGGCCAUUUUCUAAUAUAUAUCACUUGGAUGCAGUAUCUUUUGACUUAUUUACUCUUCACGUCUUUAUUGUUAAUUCCGUUUUCAGUGUUAAUUUCUUGAAUUUAAGUGUUGAUUUAUAGCUUAUUUAACAUAAAUAUUAUAGCAGAGUGUUUUAACCUUAGUUUUGUAAUGUAUCCCUCAAUAUAAUUUAAAUAUUUGAUGUGUUC